AUGGAGUAUGAGAUAAAAACAAUUGACCUUGGGCAUACAACUGAAAAACAAGAAUUUCAAGAAUUAGGUGAUACUUUCACAUCAAUUCGACAAAGGCUUCGCAAAGAAAAGGAAAAGAAGGGUACUGCAUGGAAUAAGGAAGUGCAUCAGCAAACAAAAGAGGCAGUGGCUAGAUUUUGGAUUUACAACAAUAUUCCAUUUAGUAUUAUUGAGAGUCCAUAUUGGGAGCAAGUGGUCGGUGGAUUGACCAUGUCUGGUAAGGGGUUCAAGUCCCCAAGUCGUUAUGAGUUGAGUGGGCCAUUAUUGCAACGUGAGGUCCAAAACACACAUCAAUUGGUGGAACAACAAAGGAGGAAUUGGGAAAAGAAUGGUUGCACCAUUUUAUCUGAUGGGUGGACGGAUAGUAGGAAUAGGACACUCAUAAACUUUCUAGUUACUUCAGGGGGACAGGUGGUAUUUUUAAAAUCGAUUGAUGCCUCAAAUGAAGUGAAAAAUGCAGAAACCUUGAGCAGCAUGUUGGAUGAGGUGGUGACCGAAGUGGGAGUGCAAAAUGUUGUUCAGGUUGUGACCGAUAAUGCAGCUGCAUAUGUGGCAGCCGGUAAACUUCUACAGGCUAGGCAUCCGCCAUUAUUUUGGAGCCCUUGUGAUGCUCAUUGCCUUGAUUUACUCCUCGAGGACAUAGGGAAACUUAGUUGGAGCAUAUUACAUGCAUUGCCCAACCUGAAGAGGAUGUUUGUGAGUGAAAGAUGGUUGGAGAGUCCUUAUUGUAGGAAGCCUGAAGCAGAGAAGGUCGUGAAGGCCAUUUUUGAUGAUAGCUUUGGCAAACUCAUGGAGGAGAUCAUCAAUUUGUCAAAGUCAUUGGUGAGGGUUCUACAGAUAGUGGAUGGGGAUAAAAACCCCAUAGGGUAUCUAUAUGAGGCCACGGAUAAGGCCAAAGAGGCAAUUCAGCAAUUGUAUGGGUCAGACAGGACCAAAUAUGAACCCAUAUGGCGCAUAAUUGAUCGAAGGUGGAACCGACAACUCCACCAACAUAUCCAUGCUGCUGCCUACUAUUUGAACCCCAAGUUCUUUUACUCCCGCACUUUCAAAAUAGACGAGGAGGUUCAACUUGGCCUUGACACAUGUAUUCAGAGGUUGGUUCCUGAUGAAAACAUUCAAGACCUCAUUGUUGAUGAGUUGCAGAGGUACAAGAAGGAAGAUGGGCCAUUGUUUUCUUCACCUAUUGGUAUUCGUAAGAGAGACACCUUGCUGCCAGAUUUGUGGUUGACUCAAAAGCGCUUGAAUGACCUUGUAUAUGUGCGGUACAAUCUUCGACUGCAUGAAAAGAGGGUACAAGGGAACAAUUCAUAUGACGCGCUUGACAUUGAUGAGAUUGAUCCAUACACAGCAGAUUGGAUUGCUGAAACUGAUGGUGCUACUGGUGAUAUUGAUGUGGAUACAUUUAUCACUGACGCUCAGUUAGAUGAGAUGGAGAGGGAGGCAGCUGAAUGGGCGGCAGAGGUCGCAGAACGUGAGGAGGCGGGAGAUGAGUUUGCUGAUCCAGAAGAGGCAGAUUCCUCACUUGUUGAGGAUAUUGUAGCAGCAGCAGCUGUUGCUGCAACACCAUCUACUUCAGCACCCACUCAGCGGCAACAGAGUUUUUUGAGCUUUAGUCGUAGACGCAAUCUAUGA